AUGUCCAUGUCUCACCUGUACGGGCGGAGGGAGGAGGAGGAAGAAGGUGUGGAGAUCGAGAGCUUUGAGGUGACGGACUGGGAUCUGGCCAAUGAGUUCAACCCGGACCGUCAAAGGUUCAGGCAGACCAAGGAGCAGGCCACCUAUGGCAUCUGGGCUGACAGGGAUUCGGACGAGGAUGAGAGACCCAGCUUUGGUGGCAAGAGGUCCAAAGACUACACUACUCCAGUGAGCUUUGUGAGCGCUGGACUGCGUAAGUCUGCAGCUGAGGAGAAACGGCAGCAAGAAGAAGAGGAAGGUUCUGACAACUCUGAUGAUGAUUCUGCUCCACCAGCUCCUCCUCCAAGUGCGAUGGCUCCCAAAAAACUUCAGAUGGGUACUUUUGGAGGGAAUCAGUCCCAGAGGUCCCAGAGGUUCGCAGGUGGGAUACAGUCUGGUAAAGGUAUUGGCAGCUGGGAGAAGCACACCAAGGGAAUUGGACAGAAACUUCUGCAGAAAAUGGGCUACCAACCGGGAAGAGGCCUGGGCAAAAAUGCUCAAGGUAUUGUGAACCCCAUCGAGGCGAAGGUUCGUAAGGGAAAAGGAGCGGUCGGUGCUUAUGGCAAUGAACGAACUCAGCAGAGUCUCCAGGACUUUCCUGUGGUCGACUCAGAGGAAGAGGAGGAAAAGGAAUUUAAAAAGGAAUUAGGCCAGUGGCGUAAGGAUCCGGCUGGGCCUGCAGGAAAGAAGAAACCAAAGUACUCGUACAAAACAGUAGAUGAGCUGAAAGCUAAAGGUAAAGUGGCCUAUCGGGCCACACAAGCAUCUGCAGGAGAGCUGGCACAGGUCAAGGUCAUCGAUAUGACUGGGCGAGAACAGAAGGUGUACUACAGUUACAGCCAGAUAUCCAACAAGCACAGCGUUCCGGACGAAGCCCCGCCAAGCCUGGCCGCUCGCGAUCAGAAAGGAUCUGGCUUCGGUCUCCCGGAGCUGGAGCAUAACCUGCAGCUUCUGAUAGACCUGACGGAGCAGGAUAUUUUACAGUCUGCCAGGCGACUGCAGCAUGAAAAAGACGUGGUUGUUUCUCUGGACCAUGAGUCACGAGCGUUGCAGAGCCGACUGGAAACGGAGCAGGAUGCCAUCCAAAGAAUGGAGGCCGUGUUGGCCUUAGUGGAGCGAUUUCCUACGGAGGAAACGGCGCCGGGCGAGGAGCCAACCCUACAGGAGUGCGCCCGUAUAUUUGAGACCCUACAGAACGAUUAUUAUGAAGAAUAUAAGAUGAUGGGACUGGGGGACCUGGCGGUCGCUGUUGUGCAUCCGUUGCUGAAAAAGAAGCUCUCCUCGUGGGACCCCCUGAAGGAUAGCUCGUACUGUCUGGAAGAUAUCGGUCAGUGGAGAGCGAUCCUCGAAUCCCGAGACAUGCACUCCAGCGGUCCACACUCAAACAUGGAUCCAUACCACAGACUGUUGUGGGAGGUGUGGGUCCCCGUGAUGCGGACCUGUGUGUCGAACUGGCAGCCUCGAGCGGUUGGGCCAAUGGUGGACUGUUUGGAUCUGUGGGCGCCUCUUCUGCCCCCGUGGAUCCUGGAUCAGCUGCUGGAGCAGAUGAUCUUACCACGGCUACAGCGGGAGGUUGAUAACUGGAACCCGUUAACUGACACGGUUCCCAUUCACUCUUGGAUCCACCCUUGGCUGCCUCUGCUUCAAGCCCGUCUGGAGCCUCUUUACCCGCCGAUCAGGAGCAAGCUGUCCAACGCUUUGCAACGGUGGCAUCCAAGUGACGCCUCAGCCCGCCUCAUCCUUCAGCCGUGGAAGAACGUUUUCACCGCGGGCGCCUGGGAGGCCUUCAUGGUGAAAAACAUCAUCCCUAAACUAGCUUUGUGUCUGGAGGAACUGGUGAUCAACCCUCACCAGCAGCAGAUGGAGCCAUUUCACUGGGUGAUGGACUGGGAAGGCAUGCUGUCCCCCUCCAGCCUUGUUUCCCUCUUGGAUAAAAACUUCUUCCCAAAAUGGUUGCAGGUGCUGUGCUCGUGGCUGAGCAACAGUCCGAACUACGAGGAGAUCACCAAGUGGUACCUCGGCUGGAAAAGCAUGUUCAGCGACGUUUUGUUGGCGCAGCCGCUCAUUAAGGAAAAGUUCAACGAAGCUCUGGACAUCAUGAACCGAGCAGUGUCUUCAGGCAUGGGGGGAUAUAUGCAACCUGGCGCAAGAGAGAACAUCGCAUAUCUCACGCAGACGGAACGACGGAAGGACUUCCAGUACGAAGCGCUGCAGGAGCGCAGGGAUGCUGAGAGCGUGGCUCAUAGAGGCAUCGGUACUGGUGUGCCAAUGAACUUCAAAGAUCUCAUUCAGACCAAAGCGGAGGAGAACAACAUUGUCUUCAUGCCCUUAGUGGGCAAACGGCAUGAGGGGAAACAGCUCUACACAUUCGGGCGUAUUGUGAUCUACAUAGAUAGAGGGGUUGUGUUCGUGCAAGGGGAGAAGACCUGGGUUCCCACGUCUUUACAGAGUCUCAUAGAUAUGGCAAAGUGAAGUCAGGUGCAGGAAUCUUUUGGUUUGUGUGUAAACAGAUUUAAAAGGUAAAUCAGCUGUCUUUAUGUGACUUUGGGUACAGUGGUUAUUUGUCAUAUUACUUUAUACAUUUUUUUUUAAAUGUAAGACUUAAUAAAACAUUUUCAAACA